AUAGAACCGACCAACAAGCGAGAAACACGCAGACCAAAACUGUGAAGAUGCAAUAGAUUUUAAAGCACGGCAAAAAAUGAUAGGAAAUGGAAGCAGCAGAUUGAGACUGAGAGGAGCCAACCACCAGCAGUUGACCUCCACUCGACGAGGUCUAAGAAUCCCAAUCAUAUGCAGAUGCUUCCCUAACUUCACCACCCAUUACGCCUUGCUGGGACUUACUCCCUUCGCCUCCAAAUCCGACGUCAAACAAGCCUACAAACGUCUCGCUUUAAAGUAUCAUCCUGAUGUUUAUAAAGGGGAGGAUGUCCCUGGUAAAGAUAAAGCAUUCAGGGAGAUUAAAUCUGCCUAUGAGUGCCUGAUGCAGAAGUAUGAAGCAGAUGAGUUGCAAACUGAGAAGGAUUUUGAUGAAUAUGAUGAUUGGGAAGAGUGGAUGGGAUUUGAAGGAGGGAUACCUGUUACAAUUAACCCCUUCUAACUUAAUUUUGGCAUUUUUUUAUGUCACUUCAAGUGAUCAGCUACUUGUUAAUAGCUUCAGAACUGCUGGACUGUUUCAAGAACUAUCACUGUAAAUUGCUUAUACCUGAAAUAGGACAAGAAGAAGUAGAAGAAAGGAGGUUGUCAUGUAUUUUUGCCUCUUGUUUUCCCUUUUUCCACCAUUGAGGCAAGAAGCAUGUGUCAAUUCGUAUAUAUGUUUGAAAUGAUAAUACGACGCUGAAUGUUAUGCUUGUACUAUUUUGAGACAGUUUCCCAUUGGCAUUCAUCAUCCUUAUUGUACUAAUACAAUUAUUCCAGAUCCUUUUUCAUCAAGAGUAAGGGCAGAGAUUACAUGAUUUAA